CACCGAAAACAAGAUCCAAAGUGGGAACCCUCGAACCAACUUUUUCCUUUGUUCAUGAGCUCGAGAAACAAAAUCCCAUUUUAAAAUUACCCAACAAAAGUUUAUUCUUAAACCCCUUUUAUAAAAUUAACACUUGAUACAGCUGAUUGAUUAAGCAUGGAAUAAUACAUCUUCGAUAAUAAUUAAUAUAAAAGGAAACUCCUUUUGCCUCACUCUUCAGUCUUCUCUAUCACUCUUUUUCACUUACUCUUCUUUCUUCCUUCUUCCGCCGCUCAUUCAAAAAUGGGUCGAUGUGCUGCUGCUGCUACAUUUAUUCUGGUUUUCUUGGGUCUUAAUUUGGCUUCAGCUAUCGAAGAUGGUCUAUUAGUAAAUGGAGAUUUUGAGACCCCACCAGCAGGAGGAUUUACAAGUGCAAACAAUGACAACGACAUAGUAGAUGGGCCCAUAUCUAUUCCAGGCUGGCAAACAAACGGCACUAACGUAGAGCUAGUUUCAUCAGGUCAAAAACAAGGGGCCAUGAUCUUAAUCAUCCCAGGAGGAACACACGCCGUCCGAUUAGGAAACGAGGCACAGAUCAGCCAAGAUCUAAAGGUGGAAAAGGGUUCGGUCUACGCUGUUACAUUUAGUGCUGCACGCACCUGCGCACAGCUCGAAUCUCUUAAUGUAUCUGUGGUCCCCACGCGAGCAUCCUCAGCCGUUGAUCUUCAAACCGUGUAUACUGAUCAAGGGUGGGAUUCGUAUGCGUGGGCGUUUGAGGCUGAUGAGGAGGAUGUGAAGCUUGUGUUGAUGAAUCCUGGUAUGGAAGAGGAUCCUACUUGUGGCCCAAUUAUUGAUGAUGUUGCUGUUAAGAAGAUGUUUAUUCCUGUUAAGCCCAAAGAUAACGUAGUACUAAAUGGAGACUUUGAAGAAGGACCAUGGUUGUUCAAGAACGAGUCCCUUGGCAUCCUCCUUCCAACCAACAUCGACGAAGAAACAACCCCAUUACCAGGAUGGAUUGUGGAAUCAAACCGAGCAGUACGAUACGUAGAUUCAUAUCACUUUGAUGUUCCACAGGGAAAAAGAGCCAUUGAACUCCUGUCAGGAAAAGAAGGCAUAAUUUCUCAAAUGGUUGAAACCACACCAAAGAAAGAAUACACCUUAAGCUUCUCAAUGGGACAAGGUGGUGACAAAUGCAAAGAGCCUCUUGCUAUUAUGGCAUUUGCAGGGGAUCAAGCUCAAAACUAUCAUUACACACCCGACUCUAACUCUACCUUCCGUAGAGAGGGUCUUAAUUUCACGGCUAAGGCCGAUAGAACCCGGAUUGCUUUCUAUAGUGUCUACUACAACACUCAGACUGAUCAUAUGAGCUCUCUUUGUGGUCCUAUGUUGGAUGAUGUUAGGGUUUGGGGGGCUUCUUCUUCUUCCAAGAUUGGUCUUGGAAUCUUUGGUCUUUGCUUUUCGAUUCUACUUUUCUUUUUGGUCUAGACCUUAAUUAAUUAAGAUGUUAGUAUGCUAUUUUAUAUAAAUAUAGGUAUGUAUGAUUAUGAGGAGAAACUUAAUUGUAACUUUUGGAUCUAUAGCUAAGGCUAUUAGAUAACUUCUCCUUUGCUAAAUAUGUAAGCUUUCUUCAUUUUUAUUGUUUCGUA